GUUCAGAGUGAAUUUGUGCUCGUAAUGUAAAGCGGUGUGUUGUGAAGAAUAGAUUUGCGACCUGGAUGCGACCCUCAACUCUAUUGGACUCUCGACACACGAGCAACCAACGUGUAAUGGAUGUGCUUGUCUGUGGUGGCCGUGGUACGCAAAAGGCGCCUCCAGUUGGGGCCGGGGCAGAUGUAGUGCUUUGCGAUGUCAGUGAUUCCGUCAUCAUGAGGGCCUGCUCAUAUGUGAAUUACUAUGUUCUGUGCCUCGUCUGCUGGAUUUUACUAGGCAUCACGGGGGUCAGUACGAGGUCGCACUCGCUGGUGAAGAGGCUCAACGGACUCUACACCGGUCCCUACUUCGACACAAGUAGUCCCCAAAACAUCACGGCGCAGCUUGGAACCCACGCCUACCUACCCUGCAAAGUCCGGCAGUUGGGUAACAAAUCGGUGUCAUGGAUCAGGAAGCGAGAUGCUCACAUCCUAACGGUGGACAGAUAUACCUUCAUCGCUGACGAACGGUUCCAAGCGUUCUAUCUGGACGGCCAAGAUACGUGGACCCUCCAGGUGAAGUAUGUCCAGCCCCGGGACGCUGGCGAAUACGAAUGCCAAGUCUCCACUGAGCCGAAGAUGAGCUACUUUAUCAAGCUAAACGUUGUCGUUCCAAAAAUCGAGAUCAUGGGAGACCGUGAUAUUUACGUGAAGACCGGAAGCACAGUGACCCUGCGGUGCGUGAUAAAGCAGUCUCUGGAGGAGCCUUCCUACGUGUUUUGGUACCACGAGAGCGGUCGCGUACUCAUAUACCAGCAGGGUAAGCUGGAAAUGAGGAAGGAACGAGUCGACAGCGACACCGUCAGCAGCCUCAUCAUACAUACCGCGAGGCGUGAAGAUUCCGGCAAUUACACUUGCAGCCCAAGUAAUUUGGAUAGUGCCAGUGUACAACUCCACGUUCUUAACGGGGAGCAUCCUGCCGCCAUUCAAAGAGGCAUUAGUUCUGCCCCAGGAGGCAGCGGGGCACUUUGGUGGCUAGGAGGUGCGGUAACUCUAUCCUCGAGCCACGGGGAACGCACCUUUAUUCUUGCCAUCCUCGUUUCUCUGGCCGUCUUUGUCCAAACCCUACAUUCCUACAGUGGUUCCCUGCGAUAAUCGAUAAGCGUGCAGAGAGGCUACUACGCGACAACGUUCCAGCACCUCCCUAAAACAGCAGCUGCUUACAUACCAACAUUCCAUCCUCCGCAAUUCAGAGAUUGCUAGAUGAUUGCGCAGACUCGUUUGGAAUUUUUUUUAUGUCGCAUGAGAGAGCGAGCGAAAGAGCGAAAGCUAGAGAGAGAGAAAGAGAAAGAGAGAGAGGACGAGAGGGUGAGGGCGAGUGAGAAGGAGAGAAAGGGGCGGGAGGGAGAGAGCGAGAGAAAGAGAGAGAGAGAAUAUAUUUGAUGCGUGUUUGUUGAUUCAUGCGUAUCCGUUAGUCAAGUAGGUAAUGAAAAAUCGUUUUCGGUCCAAACCACCGAAUACAUAUUGAAUGUCGAAAAGUGUUGGGAAGAUGUAAGGGUGAUUUAGAAAAUUUGGAACAGAAUCACCCUUAGGUGAAGAAAUCAAUUUUCGCAUGCAAUCAACGAGUGACUCUGCGACUCAUCCAGCAAAUUGAUAUGUAACACAAAAGUUUGCUCGUAACACAAGAGAUUUGCAUCGCGUACGUAAAAAAUCAGUAUGCACUCGUAUUAUCCGAAGCUCACAGGCAUUGGCAUUGAAAAAAAUAAAAUAAAAAUAAACACUCUUUGCUGGGAAAUCCGAUCCAUGAUCCAGACGUAUGUUUCAGAUAUAUAAUCAGGUUCAAUUUCGCAUACUCAAGUACGUGCCAAAGCGAAUAUCAGUUUAACAUGUUCCGCAGUAUCCGUCUGUAAUAUCAAAAUGUUACGUUAACUAAUUCCGUGAAAUGACUGAACACCGAAGAGUUUGAAAAUUGGAGACGCAUAAUUGACGCAGUUGCCCAAGUCCGAGUACCUAUGUAUUGAAGUAUCGAAGAACAGAAUUAUACGCUUAGAAUUAUUAACUUGUACCUAUAUGUCGACUUGAGUCUCAAGAUGGAGAUCCGGCCGUUAGUCAAUAGAAGUUAUUAGUUAAGUUUCAAAGUUUUACAUUCGUUUUCUAUGGGGUCGUGGAGUGAAGCUGUUAAAAAAGCCCUGUGUAAUUUCCCGAACAAAAGGGGUUGGGUGCAAAGAAUAUACGAAGAAGUGACGUCACGCACGCAGACUCUUUUAAACGGAUCGUCACCACGCCAAGGACUUCAGCUUGUAGAACUCCUAUCCAAAUCCACCCUCCACUCCCGAGACGUGCUCGAAAAGUCUUUGUUAGUCAGGUACAGAGGCUGAGACAGAGAGACAGAAAGAGAGAAGGAGUGAAAGGGAAACCGAGAGAGAGUCGAGGUGCAACUUGUAUACAAAUCGAUGUUGCAAUUGGAAGCUUCCGUUUAUCGAUUAUACGUAUAACUGCAUAUAUGUAUAAUAAAUGUAUCAUAUAUUAUAUAUAUGAAAAUUUGGUUGAAAGUUUGACGGCGCGGGCUGCGAACAAUAUUCUGAUUUCUUACUUAGAUUAUACAGUAAGAAAAUCAAGUAGGCGUUCCCUAUCUUCAAACUUUGUAUGUAAAACAUUUGUUUCUCUUUUAGCAAAUGAGUUUAUCAUUUGUACUUUGCCAUGCAUGAAGUUUACUUGUAGUUCUUCUCAAUAAUAUUGAUCGUUAACAUAAUAGUUACGCAAAUUUUCUUUAAUAUUUAAAUAUCAAAUUGUUACCUAAUUUUGAAGCUAUUCAGUCCAAACCUAAAGUGUAUCAGCGCAGCUAAUGUCAAACUGCCCUCCAAAUAAUUUAAAAAAACUUAGACAACGGAAUAACUGCUACAUUAACAUGUGGCAGUCCUGAAAGUAUAAUUUAAACUACAUGAAGAGGGUGUCCUCGUCGAUUUUGACGUUGAGGUAUAUAUCUCCAAAUAUCGAAGUCCACUGGUCUCAAAAGCGAAAAAAUUUUGGUAUAUUCCCGAGAUUUAAGUCCCCUCGACAACCGUUACAUAAUACCAAUUUAAAAUCAAGGAAAAAAGUAAUAAGUAACGCCGGAUCUGAUUAUUUGAUGUGAUUCGAUCGCAAGAUCAAAAGUGCAAAUGCUGGCUGAAAUGAUUCCCGUGAUGAGUUUCGCUCCCAAUCGCUGCCGGGAUCCUGCUAAAUUAUACCGGUUAUACACUCUUCUCUCUUUCACGCCCACUUCGUUUGUUUUCCCUUAAUUUAACCGCAAUUCGGGCUCACUCAACCGGGACAAAAGACGCCGCCAGUUUACCGGAGAAUUUCAAGAAGGCGGCAGGGCUUUCUCGAGCCUUUGGUUUCGCUUAAAAGAACCGCUCGUUAGAGACUCUCGUAUACUAUAAAAGCGCAUCUUGAUGUGCGAGCAGCGUCUUUCAGACCUCGAACCUCCUGUUUCAUUUCCUUUCAUAUCAAUAUUCUAAUAUCUGUCUAUCCAUCUCUCUGUCUCUCGAAAUGGUCUGUCUUUGCGCCAAAAUUAGCUUCUCAUUUGGCAAUUGAGGUUGCCAGAGAAAAGCCGAGCCUUCAAUCUUAACGACCCAUACAUUGUUCAUACCUGCCGUACGUAAAUCAAUUUCGAGCAGGCCUUUGGACGUAACGAGAUUCAAUCCCCCUUUUCUGGAAAAUUUAAAGCUACUACCGUAGCGUACCGAAAACUCUCUCUAUAAAUCGGGAUAACGGAGAUUUCAGCUCUCUCUCUCUUAUUAGGCUUUCGUUUAUCGUGAGAUACGUUAUUAUGUGAAUGUAAAGGUUGAAGGGUGUAAGAGAUAGGUGGAUGUAGGUUGCAUUUUGUCUGUCGAAUAUCACGUUUUUCCAUCGAUUGCAAUUACUACUACGGAUAGAUCAAGAAAGAAAGAAGUUUGCGUGCAAAAUUAUGCGAUUCCCAACGUCAUGCCAUUUUGCUGAAAAAAAUACGCCUUCGGCGAUAACAAUGCUGAUUGUACUUACACGGACUGCGUGAGUUGACGCUGCAAUCAUGGAUCCUCGGGAUUUUCAACGAUCGAAUUGUCUUUCGACCUAUCCGUCAAUCAAUUGUCGAUAGUAAAUCAUAAUAUAAUACGCGUGAUAGCUAAUUUUCUAUGAAAACAACAUUUUUUGUACGGUCAAAAAAUUUCAACGUUCAUCACGGCACUCUCGCGACCCGUGUUCCCCCAAACUGGAUUCAUGUUCUUUAAAGCGUUACUGUGUCGGGCUAGAAAAAUUGUAAAUAUACCUACCUAUGCAUAGAGGCUUCCGGUCCGUAAAACGACCAACAAUUCCGUGUGAUUUAACGUCAACUCACGCAAUGCGAUCGGAUAAACCGAUCCCGAAUAUACCAAUACUGUACAUAAAUGGAAUAAUUAGAGGAGAAUUGAUCUUGUUAAGGUCGAGGUGUUUCGAUGUAUACAUUUGUUAUACUUGUGUAUUGAGUAUAUACACACUGCACACAAAUUCACACUAAAGCGUCGUCCGUGCCACUGCAGGCAGAAUUGAAACUUGUUCGAUGAUGAUGAAUUGCGGCACAAUGAGAUGCAUAUGCACUCGAUGUGCGUACAAUUUCUGUAGGUACAGCGGUGCGUGUUACAUUCUGAAUAUUAGAUUUAUUAUACUGCGAUAAUGAACGGCGACAAGUGAUCGUGAAUUAGGAUUAGAGACUUCGCGAUCAUUUGCCUCACGAUGAUCGGUACACGAAUAUACGCUACGUGUAGGUCCGCUGGUAAAAAAAUACAAACUUUCACAUCGGUAUAUACGAUGGGAGCCGAAGGCCGACGAUUAUUCGCAUGAAAUGCAAUGAAUGUUUGAUGAUAACGGACGGUAGCUACAUUCGAGCGUGGACUAAGAAUAAAGCCUGAAACGUUGCCUGUAGAAUAUAUAGGAGUAUAAGAAUAAGUGCUGGAAUACUGUGGUCCUUUAUUAUGCACGAUGUACGUUGUAUAAUGCAGCGUGCCACACCGAUCCACGUGUUUAGAAUGUAUUUUUAUUACUAACUUGACGGACGUUCAUUGCUGGUUUCUGUAAAAUUUUCCACAUCGCGUUGUAUGCGUGCUCACGCCAUUUGACAAUUACACAGAAUGGAAAUUUAUUGCUGAUUGUAUAUUCGAUUCGCGGUGAAGUGCUUGACAGUUUAUACAGCGUACAAUUGGGGGAAUGAUUCAUGCGGCUCUCUUUGCCUUACUUACUAAUAUUCCAAGUGUCAUUAAUGUGGCGAAUUGUGAAAAAAAAUGAGAAUUUCAAAAUUCCAUAGUUUCGAAUGUUUAAAUGGUUUAUUUACUCGCGGUGAAGCAAACUUGAUUCGAGUCAAAACUAUAUCUAUUGUUAUGAGAUUGUUUUUCGCGAAUUAAUCAAUUAUCUGCUUUGGCCUGUUGAAAUAAUAUUUUCUUGGUCUUGGGCACUUUCUUGAGUGCGCGUGUUAAAAUGCGAUGCAAAGAUUAAAAUCUCGCAGAAAUAUAUUAUUCGGAACGUAUACGAUUGCUGAAGCAAUGCUUUUACGAUAGGCUGUCGUAACGUCAAAUUGGUGAUAAAAACGUGUGCUAUUUGCUUCACGAACAGAAUGUAUACCGCGCCGUUUUCAAUGUUUCGGGAGUGAGGAAACAUACGAGAAUUGAACAAGUUUCAGCUCAAAUAAUUUGUAGCAUAUUUAAUUAACCAUAAGUAAGACGAGGUUCUUACUUAGGUAAAGGUGAACUUAGGGUGAAAUUGAAAUAAGUAUAAUAGGAAAGGACGAAUAAAUACCUACGAAUGAUAAUAGGAUAUCUACGAUUCAUGUGAUUGUCUGUAAAUACAUAAAUAUAAAUACAUACAUUAAUUAUAAUAUACAAUACGUGUUACAUUAAAAAUAACAUAACUGUAUGUAAUUUCUGGAUCGUAAAUACAUUGGUUUGGUCUGGCCGCCUAUGCUAACCGGUAUGCAAUAGAGAAGGCGGGGAAAUUUAAUAUAUUAAAUUAUACGAUAUGAUUGUACUGCAUAGAACGAAAGAUCUUUUGAAAUUUCAACACUUUGAAGAACCUUACGAAUCGAUGAAUAUAUACGAGGUUAUUUUCAACGUUUAUCCACUGAUUCUAUCGUUGAACUAUUUUUGCUACGUAUAAUACUAUAGGUAUAGAAAACGGUUAUUUUGUGAUAGCAUCUAUACUUUUGCUGUAUAAAAUAAGGUUAACAGCAUUGCGAACCGCUUGCGGAUUUCCAUGAAACAGCUUUUCCGAGGAUUAAUAGUCUUCCGAAAUGCACUCAGUUUAUGUAGUUACGAUGAAUCGAAAAUAUUAUGGAAGAACGAUGCGUAAAGCAUGUAUAAUGUAACGGGAUGCAGGAUAUUAUGUCAGAGGAUAGCAUGGGCUGGCCACACGCGAUAGAUGUAAGAAUGUAACACUCGUAUAUAGGUAAGAUUGAAGAUAGAAAUAAUAAGAGGAUAUAAUAAUAAUUAUAAUAAUAAAUAUAAUAUAAUUAUUGUCUGAUAAUUGCCAACGAGAACUGUUCGUUGGACUGACGUCGGAUCGUUGGUCGAAUGACGCGUUAAACGAAGAAAAGAGGCGACAGGGACUCGUCUCUCAAAAAGGCUGCGUCUCUAUAAUGCGGGCAAUGCAAAUGUUGGUUGUUUAAUCGUUCUGGCGUACAUGUACGUGCAUAGGUACACGUGUAUCCAGAGCACGGUUAAUACCCAGAGGUAUGCAGCAUCGUAAAUAUUAAAUUGAAACGGAACGCGGCCGGAGGAGAAAAAAAAAAAAAAAAAUAUCGGACUGCGUCCUCGUCGCUUCUUUGUGAUAUUAUCUAAUUAUAGCAGCAUUAAUUUUUGUACCAAUAUCUAUUGUAGUUUUUAAGUGCUCAUUUUUUUUUAGUUUGUAUAUGAGAUACAGAUUUUCAUUCAACUACCAUUUCCAUAAUGCCUGUACAAAGUUUAUUUACUUAUAAUAUUCGAAAUUUCAACAAUCGCUGACACGUAAUACUGCGGCUGUACGAUCGAUGCGGCGUUCUGGGGGAAAGAAGUGAAUCAAGUUUUUCUUCUUGUCUUUUGCACAAUCACCAUUUCCUAAAUUAUACAUCCAUAAUACUGAUUGGCAGCGGGGCGUCUAAUUAGUAAAAUGAUUAUAGUAAUAGAAUUUGAAAUGCAUUUCGUAUUCUGUCGCCAGUUUAAUUAGGAGUCGAAUUGAUUGGUUUUCCUUGAGGAACGCCGGCAAGGAACGACAGCUUUAUAAUUGAGAAUCACAGUAUACAACGUUGUGCGUUUGAAUUAUAUAUCUGUAUUGCGAGGACGAGGAUAAUGUUGGAAUCCGUCUAGGAUUAAUUUGAGCUUAGCAAAAUGCGAUAUAUUCCGUUUGUGAUUAUUUUUCAAUGAUAUCCCUGUAAUCAUUAUUUAUUUUUAGCCGAAGGUCUAAUUACUCGUUAAGCGCCUAGUCUGCUAAUUCGAACGUUCGACGAAAAGAAUAUUAUACCUAUGAUAAGAAGUAAGCCUUGUCGAGCGAACGAGUAAGUGGACAGCGAAUCUAGAUGAUUGCCUCGUUUCGCGGAUUUAAGGCUAUAUACCUAACGAUAUAAGAAUAUAAAAUCCCCGAGAUGAUGCUCAGAAUGAGGAAACCUGCGAGAGAAUAAAUAAGAGCGAGAACGAGAGAGAAAAUAUUAUGAGUGUGAAACUGUGAGAAUGAACGUGGAAUGGUGAAAGGUGUGAAAUAGAGAGAAAGAGAGAUAAUAAGUAAAUGUUACAUUCAUAAAUUCAAAUGCGAAUUCAUAUUUGAAAAAAAGGGAAUAAGAAGAUAACACUCCAUUACAUUCACCAUACGCAUAAAUUGACUAGCCUAUAUAUUUGGACAAGAAUGCAAAGCUGCGACCAGCGACUGUGCUCUCCGAGUCGAAUUACCACGUUUAUAUGUGAAAAAAAGAAAUAUAAAGGUUCUUUUUCUAUCUCACCAUCAGAUCGCGGAAAUGUUUGUACGAUUUUAAAACGCAUAUGAAUUUUUAAUGCGAAUAAGUGAGACGUAUUGAUUGGCUAUUUCUUUCGUUAUGUUAGGAAUUGUUUGGCGAAGAUAAUUGAAAAAUCGUCCGCGUUAUUUUACUGCGAAUUUAGUUAGCGCGUGAUUCAUAUGUAAUUAUUCUCAAUGUGAUUUUUCAAUUUUAUCGCGAUUAUGCGUGUUGUAAAUUACGACUUAGAGUGCCCGGUUGACUGAAGUAUGUUCACGCACGCGGUUUAAAUUUUAAGUUAAAAAAUCAUGUGGCAGGGGUGUGAUCACCAUUCUUUAUGUGUAUAAGAACCAUAAAGCUUAAUGAAAACCAUUAUACUAUUAACUUACGAGGUAUUAAAUAAAAAUAAACCAAACCGUUAAUAUCGCA